AGACCACCACCUGCAAGACAUCCGGGAAGCCUCCCAUAUUGGCGCUGGCCGAGUUUUUCAAGUCAUCAAUGGUGCGUAGCCAAUUGUCCACGGUAUUGUUACCCCUCCGGUACCUCCGCAAUGAGCUCUGCAAGAUGGCCCUGGUACUGAUGGCGUAGACGGUGUUGUGCAGCAGGGCAAUUGACUGGGUGACCUGUAUGGAUUUUAAUGAGGCGGUGAGGGAGAAUCUCGACGAUCGAACUUCACGGACUAGUCGGUAAUUGUGAACCCACUGCUCUCGUCAGAAAUGGUUGUCGGGCAAUGGUGCCGGGGUUCGGUUCGGUUCGGUUUGGCAGGGUUACGGGUGGAUGGGGUGGGAUGGAGCUCACUGUUACAACGGCCAAGACGCCAACUGCUAUCAGCGCUGUCAGAGCGACCAAUAAACUGAGUUGUUCACGAAUGCGAAUCCUCAUGUUUGCUGGCCGCCCGCUGUGCCUAUGUCGGUUUCGAAAGAUCGGGCGAAGGAUCCGGAGUUCAGGCUUGGGAGGGAGAGUACUUGUCCCUCCCAACCAUCAGCAAGUUCGAGAGGUGAGUUGAGCGGGGCGGAGAAUGCGGGACGGGUGAAAGAAUCGAAAAAAGGACUGAAUGGGUUGGGGAAGACGAUAAAUUGUGAAGCUCAGGAAGUUUGUGGAGGGGCGGGGGGAGGACGACAGGAGAGGGAGUGCGUGAGUGGAAAGCACGAAUAUUUACGGCAGUUUGCUUGCACCGAGUUGACAGGUUGACGGGUACGAAAGAGGACUAACUUCCCGGUAGUCCAGAGUUCGAAACGGGCAAGUGGGAUUGGCAAAUCCGGUCCAGGCCCGGGGGUAAAGGAUCCGGGGGCGAGAGGGUUAAAAAAAUAAUAAAAAAUAAAGAUACAGGUUAAUUAAGAGAGGGUUUGGCAAAAACAAUAGCAUCCACAGCGAUGGCUGUUUCUUCAC